AUGACGACUUCGAGCGACCAGGCCACUGAUCUAGACGUCGCGUCGCCCUCAGACAUCAAGACAGCCGCUGCGCAUACAGAGACACACGAUGAAGAGAUCCAUAGUGAAGAGAACAAGUUGGACUUUGAUCCUUCACCUGUAGUGUCUAAGGCCUCUGCGUCUGAGAUCGAGAAGCCAAAUGGUACCCAAGACCAAGUCGCUAUCGAAGAUUCGACAGAUGUCAAGACCACGACUCUUGGUUCCCCCUUCCCCUCACCCAAGCUUAUUGCGGAAGACAACAAGAGUGUUGCCUCUCUUGAAGAUGGAGAGAUCAUAGAGCAAGACCUUGAAGGCGCAGUCGGAGCGAGCUCUGUGACUGUGCAAGAGCAACAAGAGCAAAUUGACGAGAAGGCGGAGUCGAAGCUUGAAUCUCCACUCGCCAAGAAGGAAGCUCCUAUGGCAUCGCCCCCUGGACUGCAUGUGGAGACCACCAAAACCGACGUUGACACCGGAACCGAGGACAGCGACUGCAAGACCGACAGAGACGCGAACAUUGAGGCGCCGAAGCCUUCAAGGCCAGCUCAUAGUUUACCUCCACACAUGCGUCCUGACUUCCAGUCCCCUCCAUCCCGCCUUUUCGGCCUUCCAGACCCGAGGCACAUGAUGUCGCCAAACGAGGCCAAUCGAUUCAACGAUGCUCCGCGCGCCCCUCGCUCCCACUUCAAUUCCCACGGAUCCCGAGGAGGCGACCACGGCGAUCGCGAGCAAAUCGUCCGUAUGAACGCACAAGUCAUGAAGCUGAAGAACGAACUCGAUGCCGAGCGCAACAAGGGCGUGCGUCUCCGCAAGUCUAUCGAAGCUGAGCAGCAACAAAAGGUCGAAGCAGCCUCAUCCGUUAUGCUGACGAACCUCCUCCGCGACCAAGCCACAACCCUGACGCUCAAGUCCAAAGUCGAAGCCCGAGAGCGCGACCUAGAUGAACGCGAGCAGAAAAUUACGCAGCUAGAAGUCUACCUCACCGAAGGCCAGAAACAGCUCAUGUACGCGCUGGAAGAGAACGGCGAUAGACCGAUGAGUGCCGUGCAGAUGGAACAUGCGCGUCGCGAAGCCGAACUCCAUGCGCAGAAAACCAUGGCUGAUAUGAACGGAAAGUUGAACAUCAAGAUCGAAGCCCUCCGUCUCCGCGAAACGGCCCAACAGAUGCGCGAGCAGAACUGGAAAGCUAUUGCCCGCGAGCAACUCGAAGCUGAAUUCGCCGACAACUCCAUUACCCAUGAGAAGGCUGAUGAGGUUGCGGAAGAGGCGUACAACGACGGGUUUGGUGCGGGCAAAGAGGCGGGCCGUAAAGAAGCACUCCAGGAGUCGCACCAGCGCGGAUUUCUCGAGGGCUAUGGGGCGUGUCAUCGUACGCAGGUUACGCUGAGUAAAGUGCGCCAGGGUCUUAUCGCGAGGGAUGAUCCGGAGUUGGACUUCCUGUAUGAUGCCAAUCAUCCGCAUAACCUCUACACCAUCGGUUCCCUCCUCGGUCGCAUGGAAACUGAGAACAGCAACCAAACGACUGCGAAGGCUGUUAGUCAGAAGCAGAUCGUUGCUGAGAAAGCAACCCCCGUACCUGAUAAGAGGAUCGAAGCUGCUGAGGAGACUCCGAGGACGGAUGGCAAGGUCAACGGCCACACCAACGGCCUCAACAGCAAUCACACCAACGGCAUCAACGGCCAUACUAACAGCGCCAUGAUCCACAGGCGCGAAGAACCAGUCAACAAAAUGCUUCCUCCCCGCCCGACUUUCGCCGCUGAACUCCGCGGCCCCUCACUCACACACAACGGACACAUUGUUCUCGCUAACAACGUUGCGUCGCCUGUUGCCAAGGAGACUGGUCGUCCCAUCAUCAAGUACGAGGAUGAGGGUGUGAAUCUGAUUGAUCUUAUGUAG